UGCUGCUGGAGCUGGACUGACUGUGACAAGAACAGGAGAAGCUGACAAGAGGGUGAGAGCUAAAGAAGACAUUUGUCAAAUAUGACGACGGAAUCUCCACGGCGCCCAAGCCGUUGUACGGGAGGAGUGAUGGUCCGGCCUCAGGCUGUCACGGAGCAGUCAUAUAUGGAAAGUGUUGUCACGUUUCUUCAAGAUGUUGUUCCACAGGCUUAUAGUGGAACACCUACAAUGGAGGAAAAAGAGAAAAUAGUUUGGGUCCGGUUUGAAAAUUCAGAUCUGAAUGAUACGUACAGGAAUAUGGAGUUUCAUGAGAUGCACAGUACUGGCAACGAUCCCCCUUUGCUUUUGAUGAUUGGAUACACAGAUGGCUUGCAGAUUUGGAGUAUACCGGUUAGUGGAGAAGCUCAGGAGUUGUUCUCAGUUCGACAUGGUCCAGUACGAUCUGCAAGAAUCUUGCCAUCUCCUCAGAUUAGUUCUUUAAAGGCUGACAGUUUUUCUGAAAUGAGACCACUACUUGGAAUGUGCAAAAGUAACGGGUCUUGCAGUACAAGCCAACCAUUCUGCUGUGUGGACUUAUAUUCUUUACGGACUGGGGAGAUGGUUAAAUCAAUUCAGUUUAAGACACCAAUCUAUGAUUUGUAUUGCAACAGAAGGGUGCUUGUGGUGGUGCUGCAAGAAAAGAUUGCUGCUUUUGAUAGCUGCACAUUCACCAAGAAGUUUUUUGUGACAAGCUGCUAUCCGUGUCCUGGGCCAAAUAUGAAUCCUAUUGCUCUGGGGAGUCGCUGGCUUGCAUAUGCAGAAAAUAAGCUUAUCCGGUGCCACCAGUCUCGGGGAGGUGCAUGUGGAGAUAAUAUUCAGUCUUAUACUGCCACAGUUAUCAGUGCCGCUAAGACUCUAAAGACUGGCCUUACAAUGGUUGGAAAAGUUGUUACCCAGCUAACUGGUACUCUGCCUGCAGGAUCUUCAGAUGAAGACCUAUCAUUACACAGCAACACCAGGCGUAGUCCUCUUGUUCCUGGAGUUAUCACUAUUAUUGACACAGAGAAUGUUGCUGAAGGACAGGUUCUUGUCAGUGAAGAUUCAGACGGUGAAGGCAUUGUUGCCCAUUUUCCAGCUCAUGAAAAACCAAUCUGCUGUAUGGCAUUCAACCCUAGUGGAAUGUUGCUGGUUACCUCAGAUACCCUUGGACAUGAUUUCCAUGUGUUUCAGAUCCUUACUCAUCCAUGGUCUUCUUCCCAGAGUGCUGUUCAUCACUUGUACACUCUACAUCGUGGAGAGACUGAAGCUAAAGUGCAGGACAUUUGCUUCAGCCAUGACUGCCGAUGGGUGGUGGUGAGCACUCUUCGUGGCACUUCCCACGUAUUCCCAAUAAACCCAUAUGGUGGUCAGCCAUGUGUCCGGACACACAUGUCUCCCCGUGUGGUAAACCGCAUGAGUCGCUUUCAGAAAAGUGCUGGCCUUGAAGAGAUUGAGCAGGAGCUUACUUCAAAGCAAGGGGGCAGAUGCAGUCCUGUGCCAGGUUUGUCCAGCAGUCCAUCUGGUUCUCCCUUACAUGGCAAACUUAACAGCCAAGAAAACUACAAUAAUUUUACCAACAACAACCCAGGAAACCCACGACUGUCACCUCUUCCCAGUCUGACCGUGGUGCUUCCACUUGUUCAAAUAAAGCAGCCCAUGACAUUAGGAACUAUCACAAAACGCACAGGUCCUUACCUGUUUGGAGCAGGAUGUUUUUCCAUUAAAGCUCCUUGCAAAGCCAAGCCAGCUCCACAGAUUUCCCCAAGUAAGUCCACAGGAGGAGAGUUCUGUGUUGCUGCUGUGUUUGGUUCCUCACGGUCCUGGUUUGCCAGUAACCAAGGGAUUAAAAGAGACAAAGAUCAAUCCAAGCAGUAUGUGGUGGAAUCGCUGUACAUCAUUAGCUGUUAUGGAACUCUAGUAGAACAUGUGUUGGAACCUCGUCCUCUGAGCACUGCACCGAAGAUAAGUGAUGACACACCUCUGGAAAUGUGGACGUCGCCACGGGCCAGCUGGACUCUAGUUAGGACUCCUCAGUGGAAUGAACUACAGCCACCGUUUAAUGCAAACCAUCCUUUGUUACUGGCCUCAGAUGUGGUACAAUACUUUCAAUAUCUGCUAGCUGGCUUGGUGCCACCUGGAAGUCCUGGUCCCCUCACACGGCAUGGCUCAUAUGAUAGCUUAGCCUCAGACCACAGUGGCCAGGAUGAUGAAGAAUGGCUUUCACAGAUUGAUAUAUCCACACAUACAGGACCUCACAGACGAUUGUGGAUGGGACCUCAGUUUCAGUUUAAAACUAUCCAUCCUUCAGGCCAAACAACUGUGAUCUCUUCUAGCUCCUCAGUCCUCCACUCACAUGCUCCAAGUGAUACCCCACAGCCUUUGCUGGAGUUUGACACAGAUGACCUUGAUUUAAACAGCCUUAGAAUCCAACCUGUUCGCUCUGAGCCUGUAAGCAUGCCAGGAUCUCCUCGGCCUACUGCUGAUCGCAGAGGAGGCUCUACAGUUAUUGAUGCCACCUCAGGUUCCUAUGAUAGAAGUGUGACACUGCUGGAAGUAUGUGGUAGCUGGCCAGAGAGCUUUGGUUUACGCCAUAUCUCUUCUAUUGAAAGCACUGAUGAGGGUCUCCGUGAACGGUUGGCCGAUGCCAUGUCUGAAUCCCCAAACCGAGAUGUGGUGGUAUCAGGAACAGGACUUCAGCGAGACGGAAGCAUAGAGACUCUAAGUAACAGUUCUGGGUCUACCAGUGGCAGUAUACCACGCAACUUUGAUGGUUAUAGGACAACUCUCCCAAGCAAUGAAAAUCAACCUUUAAGCCUAUUCCCCUCAGGACUUCUAUAAAACACAAUGUGACAAAAGAGAGAUUUCGAUCUUAUUAAUGUUUUAACGCAGCUUACUUUUGAUUAUCCUUAUUGGUAUCCAUGUCACAAGUAGUUUAGUGUAGUUUGGAUAGAUUUAAGAAUAUUAGAACAGGAUUCUUUCCUCCUAGUCUUCUUUGGGCAUCAGUGCUUUGAUAGUAGGAUUUGCUUGAGUAGUAGUAGUACACAGACAAUCGUAAUGUGAUUUCUACCUGCAUACAGUAUGUACUGUGCAGUGGCAUGACAUACACUGGCAAUCAUGGCAUAUGUAUUUAUUUGGGAAAUGCACACUCGUAUUGAAAAAGAUUACUGUAAUUAGUAGCAAACAUGUAAUGUUCAUAUGUACUACCAUGCUAAUGAUUCCCUAUGAGAUUACUACAGCAGGUUUAGCCAUUGUAUCGCCAUUUUGUUAUUUACCAGUAACCAAGGUGAAUGUUUGUGUAAUAACCUACAAGAUAAUGAUUGUAGCAUUUCCACACUUUUUCCAUUAUACCUGACACAGCAUACAUGAAUAUGAACAAAAGUGUUCUAUUAUGACACAAAUUCCUGUCUUCAGAACCCUAAUGUUCUCAUCCAAGCCACUGAGUCUGUUAUGUUUUCCAAAUUGGGAUAUACAGCUUUAAUCUAAAGGGAAUAAAGUAGUAAUAAAGGGAAAGAGGAGAAGUCCUCUGGUUCCUCAUUGCCACUGGAGACAUUUAGAAAUUAAAAGUUGAUAUGCUAUUCUAUGCUUAUGCUAUAUUAUUGCAUGCUGGGGGGUGUUUUACUCUAUAUCUAUUUCUAGCGUUCCUUACUGACAUUAUAGAAUUAUUUCAGCAACAGCUAAUGUGCAUAUGCUUGGCUCCUUUUAUUGCCUAUCCAUGAUAGAAAAUAUAUUCGGAAAUACCCAUUUUAUGCCUGUGAAAAGUAUUACUAUGAAUGAAUACUUGCAUCGCUGAUAAUAUAAACCUAAUGCGGAAUC